AUGGUUCAUCACAGAGAAGAGGACCUGAUUGGGAUCCCCUUCCCAAAUCACAGCAGUGACGUCCUCUGCAGCCUCAAUGAGCAGCGUCGUGAGGGCCUGCUCUGCGAUGUCAUUCUCAUCGUCCGUGACCAGGAGUACCGGACCCACCGCUCUGUUCUGGCAGCCUGCAGCCAGUACUUCAAGAAGCUAUUCACAGUGGCCACCACUGACGGCAGCCGUCAUCACACAGCGGCAGUGUACGAAAUCGACUUUGUCGCUCCGGAGUGCCUCACAGCCAUUCUGGAGUUUGCCUAUACUUCUACUCUGACGGUGACGGCGUCAAACGUCAAAGAGAUCCUGAAUGCUGCUCAGAUGCUGGAGAUUCCCUGCAUCAUCAACGUCUGCCUGGAGAUCAUGGACAGUGGGGGUGGCGGUGGUGAGGGGAGAGAAGAGGAAGGGGAAGAGGAUGAGGAGGAGGACGAGGAAGAAGAGGAGGAAGAAGAGGAGGAGGAGGAAGAGGAAGAGGAUGUGGGUUCAAGGAAGGAUGAGCAGGAGGAGGACAACGUCAGUGAGAGGUCGAUGCAGUCGUCGGAGAGCAGGGGGGAGCAGACGCCCCUGGGCACAGAGGACUCGCCACCUCCAAGCACCUCCACGUACCAGAGGCAGUUUGACCUGCACAGAGAGUCGUCCCAGUCACAGUCCCCAGACAACAUGAGAGGAAAACAGAGUAUGGAGAGUCGGGCUUUGAAGGAUUUCUCCAUUGAGUCUCUCCUCCAGGAGGGGCUGUAUCCCCGUAUGCCGACUAUGGACAGGAGGGCCAACUUCUCUCCCAUCCUUCCAGGCUUCUACCCCUCUAUGUGGGCUGAGUUUCCGGCCUUCCCGCAACAGCUCCUGGACCCUGGCCACCAUCAACAUCCCCACACAGGAACCUCACCGCAAACCAGGCUCCUCCACACCUUUCCAACACCUGCACCACUCGAGGCCUCCAGGCCCCUCGAUUUAGCUGUGAAAAGAGAGAUCAUAAAGGAGGAGACGAAAGAGGAAGUCCCGCCCAGCCUGCUCCACGGCGACUUCCUUAAGGAGUUUGUCAGCUCGGGGCUGGGUAGCACCAUGAACACUGGGUCAGUGUCAUCAGAGGGUCACACUCUGGGCCCGAUUAAGGAUGAAGCUGACUUCCGGUCCUACCUGAGCUUCCUGAGCUCUGCAUCCCACCUAGGUGCACUGUUCCCUCCCUGGCAGCUAGAGGAGGAGAGGAAGAUGAAGCCCAAAGCAUCACAACAGUGUCCAAUCUGCAACAAAGUCAUCCAAGGGGCUGGGAAACUGCCACGACACAUGAGGACGCAUACAGGAGAGAAACCGUACAUGUGCACUAUCUGUGAAGUACGGUUCACCAGACAAGACAAACUCAAGAUCCACAUGAGGAAGCACACAGGUGAACGCCCCUACAUCUGCCUCCACUGCAACUCAAAGUUUGUCCACAACUAUGACCUGAAGAACCACCUGCGUAUCCACACGGGCGUCCGUCCAUACCAGUGUGAGCACUGCUACAAAAGUUUCACACGGUCUGACCACCUACAUCGACACAUCAAGAGGCAGAGCUGCAGAAUCUCCCGUCCCCGUCGGGGACGAAAGCCAGCUGCUUGGCGGUCCACACCCACCAGCAACUUCCUGUGCCCCCCACCUGCUGCCACCAACCGCUUUGAUGAGAACGGGUUAAGCUCUGCAUACCAGGGAGUCAAGAGUCACGGACUUGGGGAGAUGCUUAGCCUCAGCAACAGGGGUGUGGGAUUUAAGAGUUUGGACGGUACAGGCAGGGAGGGACGGGAGGAACGGCGAGCAGAGGGGAAACACGUCGCAGAGGAGGAGAAGACAGGAGCAGGGAGGCAGAGGGGAGUGUUUGCCUUCGCCCUUACUGGAGAAGAAGUGCUUACCCACUCUCCAUUUUAUGCUGCAACCUCUGACCCCUGGACCAUGAGACUGGAGUGUGCUCCACCCAUCCCUGAGCCAGCCAAAUGA